AUGGGCAAAUCCUCCAAGGAUAAGCGCGAUGCCUACUAUCGCCUCGCCAAGGAGCAGAACUGGCGCGCGCGCUCGGCCUUCAAGCUCAUCCAGAUCGACGAGCAAUUCGAUCUUUUCGAGUACGAGAACCCAAACAAUGUCACUCGGGUCGUGGAUCUGUGCGCUGCACCGGGAAGCUGGAGCCAAGUGUUGAGCCGAGUGCUUAUCAAGGGCGAGAGCUUUGGUCGACGGGCAUGGAUUGGGAAGAAGCGGAGGGAAAGCCAAGCACUGCAAGAGGGUGCCACAGCAGUGGAUUCAGACACUGAGAUGGGAGACGUCACGCCAAACUCGGAGCUAAAGCCUCGCAAGAAUGUCAAAAUCGUCUCGAUUGACUUGCAGCCGAUGGCGCCCCUCGAGGGCAUCACGACUCUGAAGGCAGAUAUCACCCAUCCCUCGACUAUCCCUCUUCUUCUGCGUGCCCUGGACCCAGAGGCAUACGAAUCUUCAUCUACAUCUUCUUCUGCUUCGCCAUCCCCGGCGCCAGCGGCCAUCAGACAACCUCACCCGGUCGACCUGGUGAUCUCUGAUGGUGCCCCGGAUGUGACAGGUCUUCAUGACCUCGAUAUCUACAUUCAAUCUCAAUUGCUUUACGCAGCACUCAACCUGGCUCUAGGCGUACUCCGCCCUGGCGGCAAAUUUGUGGCCAAAAUCUUCCGUGGCCGCGACGUCGACCUUCUCUAUGCACAGCUGCGCACGGUGUUCGAGCGAGUCAGCGUAGCGAAGCCACGGAGUAGUCGUGCAAGCAGCCUCGAAGCUUUCGUGGUCUGUGAGGGCUUCAUUCCACCCGUCAGCCAUGGUGGGGUCGCAGGAAUGGAGGCAUUGAAGAACCCUCUCUUUGGUGGGGCCGCAGCGCCAGUAUCUCUAUCAGAAAAUGGCAAUAUCGCCGUUCAAGUGCCAGAUGAACAAGAUGAAAAUGCGGAAGCCAGAUCUGUCCAGCAGCCGGACGUAUCGUCGACUUCAGCGAGUACUGCUCCAUCCAAUCACACCACCGAGGUCCGGCUUCUUCACCCGGCCACAUAUCCACCGCCGGCACAGAAAGCGCCAUCCGACAAAUUCGCAACUGAAAACCGAUGGAUCCCCUCUUUCAUCGCAUGUGGGGAUCUCUCCGCCUGGGACUCCGACGCAUCAUAUACUCUGCCGCCAGACCACGUCAGUCUAGAUCCGGUGCAACCGCCCACCGCUCCACCCUAUCGGCGGGCCUUGGAGAUGAGAAAGGCGAAGGGCGGCGCGUACGGGAGGACAAAGCUUGGAGCCUUGGGACGGGCAUAA